UAAAUUAAAUAAAGUAAAUAAAAUGGGUCAUCAAAGUUGUUGUGUAGUCGAUUGCAAAAAUACAAGUCGAAAUAGCAAUUGUAAAUUUUAUAAGUUUCCGGUUGCCAAUUGGAAAUUAAAUCAGCGAAAAAAAUGGAUCGCUGCUGUUAAAAGGCAAAAUAUUGAUGGAUCGUUAUGGUCUCCAAAACCUAUGGAUGUUAUAUGCAGUGAACACUUCAUUAGCGGUGAAAAAUCAGAUAUUGAAUCAAGUCCCAACUUCGCUCCAACUAUUUUUCCAUCAGCUUAUAGACGACGUAAAGUCAACGAAUCUGCCGUUUUGAAUAGACACAAACGCUUCAUGGAGAGAAGAAUAAUGAAAAAGUCAUUAUCGUCAACGGCUGAGAUACAUCCGGUGAUGAAUUUUGUAGAACCGCCUGAAAUAGCUGAAGGUGAUCAAAAUAAUACAUUCAUGAAUCAAACGGUGGAGCAGGCAUGUGAAGCGAAUAUAUAUUUUACCUCCAAUGUUUCAUCAAAAACAUUCAUUUGUAAUCGGUAUAUCACUAAUAACAAAUGUGAUGCUGAGACACAAACAGAGAUUCUGGAAGCGUCGACGUCAAAAAUAAUUACAAAUAAUAAAAAAUAUGUUAACAAGGAGUGCGGUACACCACAUAGAACGUUUGCUGAUCAUGAAACUCAAGUAACCAAUAUGUUUGAAGGAUUUUCAUCAGUUAAAAAAAACGAGCAACUCAUAGAUCUUGCUGGUGUAACAUUUAAUAAUUUUAAUUUUUUAUUAGACAGAACAAAACCUCCUAAAAAAUCGACGAUUGGUUACAAAGAUAGACUGUUCAUAUUUUUAAUGAAAUUAAAAACAGGACUCACUUUUUCGGCUCUUGGCGUAUUAUUUAACGUGCAUAGAACAACGAUUUCAAGAAUUUUUUUCGACAUUUUGGAGCAAUUAGCUAGUACGACAGCUAAUUUAGUAUUUUGGCCGGAUAUUGAUGUUGUUCAAGCAACGAUGCCUGAGUGUUUUCAUCAUGAUUACAGUGAUACUCGAGUAAUCAUCGAUUGUACUGAAUUUAAUAUUGAAAUUCCUGCUAAUGUUGAUCAUCGGGUUUAUUGUUAUUCGCAUUAUAAAAAAAAUUUUACUGCGAAGGUUCUCAUAGGUAUCACUCCAGGAGGAUUUAUUUCCUUGAAAUCAAAAGUAGCUGGUGGUCGUAAAUCUGACUCUCAAAUGACAAUUGAAUCAGGUUUAUUAGAUCUUCUAGAAGAUGGUGACGUCGUUUUGGCUGACAAAGGUUUUCCGGAAAUUAAAACAUUUAUCGAUGCAAGUGGAAAAAAAUUAAAAAUGGUUAUGCCACCUUUUUUAGAGAAAAAAUCUGAAUUUACAACACAACAAACUCAAGAAACGUACAGCAUAGCAAAAGUACGAAUUCAUAUUGAACGCAUAAUGCAACGAUUAAGACUUUAUCAAGUAUUAAAUAAAUUUCCUGAAAAUCUAUUUCAUUGUGUAGAUGACAUCAUACAUGUAUGCUGUGUUUUGGUGAAACGCCUCACAACCUCAUGUUCUGUCACAAAGCCAACAAUCCUGACGGUUUCCGCGAAAACCGAUUGGAAACCGUGA